GAGCGAGGGAGGGCACGAGCAAGACUUCGCCGGUGAGGAGGAGCCGCGCGAGCGGCGGCUGCUGGGCGCUUCCCCGCGCGCCCGGGCGCUCGGCGCCUCCGCAGCUCCCAGCUCGCAGCCGCAGCUCCCUCGCGCGCACGGAGCGUGGGGCCUGGGACUGGCUUCGCCGAAGGGCUCCCUGGAUUGACUCCAAGCUGGUGUGGCCAGCGUCUGAACACUUGCCAGUGGUGGCAGCGGCAGCUGAAGAGCUGGAGUCAGCAUGGCAGCCGGCGUUGCGGCCUGGCUGCCCUUUGCUCGGGCUGCAGCCAUCGGGUGGAUGCCGGUGGCCAACUGUCCCAUGCCCCUGGCCCCAGCUGACAAGAGCAAGCGGCAGGAUGAGCUGAUCGUUCUCAACGUGAGCGGGCGCCGCUUCCAGACGUGGAGGACCACGCUGGAGCGGUACCCGGACACGCUGCUGGGCAGCACGGAGAAGGAGUUCUUCUUCAACGAAGACACUAAGGAGUACUUCUUUGACCGGGACCCCGAAGUCUUCCGCUGUGUGCUCAACUUCUACCGCACUGGCAAGCUGCACUACCCGCGCUAUGAGUGCAUCUCAGCCUAUGACGACGAGCUGGCCUUCUACGGCAUCCUGCCCGAGAUCAUCGGUGACUGCUGCUACGAGGAGUACAAGGACCGCAAGCGGGAGAACGCCGAGCGGCUCAUGGACGACAAUGACUCAGAGAACAACCAGGAGGCCAUGCCCUCACUCAGCUUCCGCCAGACCAUGUGGCGCGCCUUCGAGAACCCGCACACCAGCACACUGGCCCUGGUCUUCUACUACGUCACAGGCUUCUUCAUCGCCGUCUCAGUCAUCACCAAUGUGGUAGAGACGGUGCCAUGCGGCACGGUGCCCGGUAGCAAAGAGCUGCCAUGCGGGGAGCGCUACUCGGUGGCUUUCUUCUGCCUGGACACGGCCUGUGUCAUGAUCUUCACCGUGGAGUACCUGCUGCGGCUCUUUGCUGCCCCCAGCCGCUACCGCUUCAUCCGCAGCGUCAUGAGCAUCAUCGAUGUGGUGGCCAUCAUGCCCUACUACAUUGGCCUGGUUAUGACCAACAAUGAGGACGUAUCAGGCGCCUUCGUCACGCUGCGCGUCUUUCGCGUCUUCCGCAUCUUCAAGUUCUCCCGCCACUCGCAGGGCCUGCGGAUCCUGGGCUACACGCUCAAGAGCUGUGCCUCCGAGCUCGGCUUUCUCCUCUUCUCCCUCACCAUGGCCAUCAUCAUCUUUGCCACUGUGAUGUUUUAUGCGGAGAAGGGCUCCUCCGCCAGCAAGUUCACGAGUAUCCCUGCCUCUUUUUGGUACACCAUUGUCACCAUGACCACACUGGGGUAUGGAGACAUGGUGCCUAAGACCAUCGCAGGGAAGAUCUUCGGCUCCAUCUGCUCCCUGAGUGGCGUCCUGGUCAUUGCCCUGCCAGUCCCUGUCAUUGUUUCCAACUUCAGCCGGAUUUACCACCAGAACCAGAGAGCUGACAAACGCAGGGCACAGAAGAAAGCCCGCCUUGCCAGGAUUCGUGUGGCCAAAACGGGCAGUUCUAAUGCCUACCUGCACAGCAAGCGCAACGGGCUCCUCAAUGAGGCCCUGGAACUCACGGGCACCCCUGAAGAGGAGCAUGUGGGCAAGACCACCUCACUCAUCGAGAGCCAGCAUCAUCAUCUGCUGCACUGCCUGGAGAAAACCACUGGGUUGUCCUAUCUUGUGGAUGAUCCCCUGUUAUCUGUACGAACCUCCACCAUCAAGAACCACGAGUUCAUCGAUGAGCAGAUGUUUGAGCAGAACUGCAUGGAGAGCUCAAUGCAGAACUACCCGUCCACAAGAAGCCCCUCGCUGUCCAGCCACACAGGCCUCACCACCACCUGCUGUUCCCGUCGUAGUAAGAAGACCACACACCUGCCCAAUUCUAACCUGCCAGCCACUCGCCUGCGCAGCAUGCAAGAGCUCAGCACGAUCCACAUCCAGGGCAGCGAGCAGCCCUCCCUCACAACCAGUCGCUCCAGCCUUAAUUUGAAAGCAGAUGACGGACUAAGACCAAACUGCAAAACAGCCCAGAUCACCACAGCCAUCAUCAGCAUCCCUACGCCCCCCGCGAUAACCCCAGAAGGGGAAAGUCGGCCGCCCCCCACCAGCCCUGGCCCCGCCACGAACAUUCCUUCCAUAGCCAGCAAUGUUGUCAAGGUCUCCGCCUUGUAAAGCCACCGGACAGAGGGCCACAGCGAGGAGCAGGGAGUGAAGGGGGCUAGCAGGUGGGUGGGUGGCCACUGGGACCACUCCCUCCCCCUUUCUCCACUCUUUCUGCCUGCCCCCACUCCACCCCUAAGCACUGAGACUUGUGCCUGGAAGGAAGAAGCGGCAGCCAAGGGGCAGCCAAGUUCCUGCUGCAGGUAUGGACACAGCCCUGUGGCACUGUAUUUCACUGGGGCCAGAGGGCAGGAGGGAAGGUGGGGGUAGGGGAUGGGUUAGUUUGGGGUAUAGGCUGCGUGCCAGGAUGGGGCCUGGAGGGGAAAGGCUCAUACCAAAUAGCAAUCUUUUGAGGAGACCCCAGUGAGGCAAAUACAAGGCUUGGGGGGACAGCACGGAGGCCAAGCUGCCACACGCAAAACAGGAAGAAAAUAUAACACUGUGUAUUCAAGCACCUUUUUCAAGGCUCUUAAUGGAUAAUAUUUAUUCAUGGGAAAAGGUGGAAAACAAAAAACACCAACAGAUUUUUGUGAAAUGUUUUUCUCCAUGGACCCAACACCUUUGAACCAAAACAAUGCAUUUUGUGAGGGUUUUUUUUUUUUCCUCUCCUUUUAUAGCAAAAGCGUGUAAGCUAAGAUGAGGACAGUUCUUGCUGAGUUCUCUCUCCAUUUCCCCCAGGAGGGUGAGGUCAGCUGAGUCUGGGCCCUCACUGCCCAGCUGACCUGCACGGAGCUGUCAAGUGACCACACAGCAACUUACCCACUCUGUCUGUCCCUCUUCCCUGUCUCUGUACCUCCUUGUUGACCCCAGCUGUUUCUUUCUGCCCAGCCUCCUCUCUCUC